UUUCUCUUCAGGUUCGAUGCCCAUGCAGAGGAGCCAGUGGGUUUGUGGUUGUUGCACUUUUCUAAACGCAGCCGGCGCCCACCGCUGCUCCAUCUGUGAAGCCCCCCGGCGCUGGACGUGGCAGCCAGGGGGCAGCAGGGAGGAUGGUCGCUGGUCCUGCCCACGCUGCACACUCGCCAACCCCCCCGACAGCCUGUCCUGCUCUCUGUGUCUCUACAGUGGAGCACCGGAGCGACCCCGGCGGUCCUCUGAGGAGCAGCCCCGGCCCCAGCGCUCCAGCAGCUGCUCCGGACCCCUGAGGACGUCGUACUCUGAGCAAAACACAAAAGAUGCAGCUAAAAGCAGCCUGCAUUGGGAGUGUUCGAGGUGCACUCUGCAGAACACCCCUACCUCCAUGUCCUGCUCCGCAUGUGGCGGGCCUCGCAAACUGUCUCUCCCCCAGAUCCCUGCAGACGCCCUGCUCCUGCCUGGCGAUCAGACUGUGCAACAAGCAGAGCCUGCAGCCGGCACGCUUUCUCUUUCUAUAUCCACCGGAGGAGAGAGUUUACCCGUAGAAGCUUCAUCUCCACACACAAACUCCUCCUCGAUGCUCAGCGCAGGGUCUUCCUCUCAUAAUAACCCCCUCCCCUGCAGCCGCAGAGAGGUACCACCUCCAGAAGGCUGCCUCAAUCAAACUCACAACUUAAGUCCUUCUCCGUCCACGCUCGCUAUUUCACAUCUGUCCAUCCAGCCGGAGCAGCAGCCCGGCAGGCGGCUCAGCAUCCUGAAGGAGGAGAUGUCCCCGAUGUCCCCUGUCCCGGACGUCCAUGCUUCUUUCCACCAGAGUGUCAACAGGACGGAGGAGUGGGCGUGUCCAGCGUGCACGCUCAUUAACGUGGGCAAAGCCAAACACUGUCUGGCCUGCCACACUCCUCAGCAGCAGGGCGGGCAGCUGAAGCAUGCUCCGUCCCCGGGGAGGAAGGAGAGCAUGCUGGUGGAGGAGCUGCGGCAGAGCGAUGAAGGAGAGGCCAAGGAGCUGUGGGAGAACAUCGUCAGCUUCUGCACUGAGAAUGCCGUGACGUUUGUGGACGACAGCUUCCACCCCGGUCCGAAGUCGGUGGGCUUCCCAGUGGACGACAGCGUCCAGCAUCGGGUCAGAAAGUGGCUUCGUCCUCACGAAAUCAACUGCUGCAACUCGAGAGACCGCACAGUGAAGUGGUCUGUCUUCCGAACGCUUCGUCCGUCCGACAUCCUGCAAGGACUUCUGGGUAACUGCUGGUUCCUGAGUGCCUUGGCUGUUCUGGCUGAACGUCCCGAGCUGGUGGAGAAGGUGAUGGUGACGCGCGCGCUGUGUGCAGAAGGAGCCUAUCAAGUGCGUCUGUGCAAAGACGGUUUGUGGACCACCGUGCUGGUGGACGACAUGCUGCCGUGUGACGAGAACGGACACCUCCUCUUCUCUCAG